GACUACUUGUGUGUUCAAUCUAAUGGGUGCUCUGGAUCAUCUCUCUGAGAUCUUUGCUUUCUCCCACAGGAGAAGUAAGAAGCUCAACACAUUAGAGACAGUGGAGAUGAAGAUAAAGAUGGACUGUGAAGGGUGUGAAAAGAAAGUGGAGAAGGCGGUGAGCGGGAUGGAAGGAGUGACGCAGGUGGAGAUAGAUCGGAAGCACCACAAAGUGACGGUGACAGGGUAUGUUGAUCCAAAGAAAGUGUUGAGACGUGUGCAGCACAAAACUGGGAAGAAGGUGGAAUUCUGGCCUUAUGUACCUUAUGAUGUGGUGGCUCACCCUUACGCUGCAGGUUCUUACGAUAAAAGGGCACCACCUGGAUACGUCAAGAACACUAUGGAGAACCCCGAAGCUUCCAAGUUAGCUCGUGCUAGUACCAUGGAGGAGAAAUACUCCAACACCUUCAGUGAUGAAAACCCUAACGCUUGUUCCGUCAUGUAAAAUAGAUCUGAGGAUCUCAGAUCUGAAUCACCAUUCAACACCGUCUCUCGCUCGCUCUAUUGCUUACUUGCUGGCGGCUACUGCGCUUGUUUUAUUAA